AUGUUAAGAAAUCUGCUUAAAAAGCUGGAAAACCCAGAGAGGCCGUUGCUUGGCCCAAAUUACAAAGCUCUGACAUUUUGGGGCUUAUUACUACCCGAAAAUGUUUAUAAAAAAAUAUUUUACCUAACCAUGCAUUUGUUAGUAACAGUAUUUACCGCUACCGAAUAUAUCGAUAUUUGGUUUGUUAAAAACGAUAUAAAUUUACUGUUAAAUAAUGUUAAAAUAACGUUUUUAGCGACCGUUAGUGUUGCUAAAAUAACGACGUUUUUGGCAUGGCAGAAACAUUGGAAGAGCAUUAUUGAAUAUGUAACUAAAUCCGAUUUAGCUCAAAGAGAUAGCGAUAACAAAAAAGCUCUUAUCAAUAAUUACACAAAGUACUGUCGGAAAAUUACAUAUCUGUACUGGUCUUUAAUGUAUACAACUGUUGUUAUUGUGAUGGGACAGCCCUUGAUAAAAUACAUAUCAUCACCAUCUUAUAGAGAGAAUGUAAAGAGUGGUAAAGAAUCUUACAUAGAAGUAGUUAGCUCUUGGGUGCCAUUCAAUAAGAAUACAAUAUACGGACAUAUAGCCGCCUCUUUAUAUCAAAGCUACGGAGCUAUAUAUGGAGGUGGUUGGAUAACAUCAUUUGAUACAAACGCAAUAGUAAUAAUGGUAUUUUUCAAAUCGGAAUUGGAAAUGCUAAGGAUGGACUGUGCGGAUAUAUUUGGAAAAGGAAAAGUAAAUGAUAAACAAGCAAAAGAGAGAUUGAAGAAUUGUCAUCAACGUCAUGUUGAUUUAAUGGCAAAUGCUCGGCUCUUCAAUUCUUGUCUGUCGCCAAUAAUGUUACUAUACAUGUUUGUAUGUUCAGUAAUGCUAUGUGCAACCGCUUACCAAAUUUCGGCAGAAUCAAACCCAAUGCAACAAUUUUUGAUUGCAGAGUAUUUGUUAUUUGGAAUUGCGCAAUUGUUUAUGUUUUGUUGGCAUAGCAACAAUGUUUAUUAUGCGAGUAAAGACCUAAUGUUCGGUCCUUAUGAAAGCGAAUGGUGGUCACGACUAAAGUCUGAACAGAAAGAUAUCAGUAUACUAAUGGACCAGUUAAAUAAUACUAUAGUUUUUACCGCGGGGCCAUUUAACAAUCUUAGUGUUGCUACGUUUAUCAAUAUCUUGAAAGGGGCUUACAGUUACUACACAUUGCUGAACUAA